CAAUGGAAGAAAUGAAGAAAAUAACAACAGUCCAAGCUGUUCUCAUAGCAUUAGUUGUGAAUUAGGUGAACAGAAUAACAUUGUGAGCAUUUCUGACCAACGAAGGGAUGAUGGAAUCCGAGUGGAUAAUGAGCUUUCAUUGCUUCAUGUAGGAUCGAGAAGGGCUGACAGCAUGCAUGAAUCUGAUCAUACAUGUUCAUCCUCACCUGGAAGAUCAUUAGCGGUUGAUCAGAUGUCAAACAUACACAACACAAGUUUGCGUCAAGGAGACUUAUAUUCAACCCAUACAUUAUAUUUUGAACCAGAUAUGUUGUCAGUCAGAGCAAGCCCAACAAAUAAUUCAAUGACCACUGCUUCAUCAAAUGCUGUAGUCAUUUCCAGAAGGGUGCUGCCUCCAUUAUCAGAGGCCUUUCCAAGGAGGUUGACUGGUCGUACCCCAGAAGUAAUACAACUCGCUUUAUCAAAUAUAAUUGAUAAUAUUAGAAGCAUUGUAUCCGGUUCUCAUGAUCCGUCAAACUUAGAAACUCAAUUACCACCAUCUCUUAGCUGCAUUCUUUACCAUCAUCUUACUCUUUCUCGAAUCCCUCGUUCACUAUCUGACAUUGUCCAGAGCUCCUUCCUACCUGUCAAUGGACUUACUACUCCCUCAAGUGAAAAUGCUCCAGCUCUUCAACUUGGUGAAGUUGCAUCUACUUCUGAUGAAAUUGGGAUACAAAAUGAGUUUGAUAUUUUGAGCCAGCAAUAUUUGCAGUCAAUGGCCUUCCUACAUAGGUUGGCCGGUGGCUUGUUAGAAGGUUCAAUAUUGUUUAGGAUGUUAACAGGUGGUGGUGGGGGGCAGUUUCGACUAUCAUCUGAGGACAAUUUAAUUCUUAGCCAGCCACCUCUAUUGGACAUAGCAAAUUUCUAUGACCGUUAUGGAGACAUGAGGGUAGAUGUGGAUAACAUGUCCUAUGAGGAAUUAUUAGCUUUGGAGGAUCGUAUAGGGAAUGUCAAUACAGGACUAUCUGAAGAAGCAAUUACCAGGUUUCUUAAACAAAGUACAUAUUUUUUAUUAUUAGAGGAGAAUUCUACAAAGGAUGCUUGCAGUAUUUGCCAGGAGGAGUACUUGGAGGAUGAUGAGAUGGGAAAGUUGGACUGUGGUCAUGCCUUCCAUGCUACAUGUAUCAAACAGUGGCUAAGAUGCAAAAAUCUUUGUCCUGUUUGCAAAUCCACUGGUUUAACUCUUUGUGACCCCAAUAUGUUCAGAAACUCAUAA